CGCUGCUCGGGACGGACGGGCCGAGGGUGGGACCUUGCCGCUUGUUGUCGUCCGGUGCCUGAGGAGGAGAUCGGCCGUUCGUUCGCUCAUCGUCACCGGGAGACUCCCAGGUCUCGCUCAACCGCUCGCUCCGUCCCGAGCACUCGGGGACAUGUCGAGGUGGGCGGAGGCCCGGUGGGCCGGAGCCAGACGGCGGACGGCGGCCGAGGCACACUCGCCCUCCUCCAGCUUUCCCCGGAGACGCUUCUUUUUGCAAACGUUCCGAGCGUGAAGGAGUUGUCACGGCGAGGAGGCCCCGCUGGGACAGAGAGCAGAAAACGCCGGGUGUCCUUCCUCAGCAGGAUCCACUUUGCCGCAGCCGUCGUGCUGGGAGCCGCCGCGGGAGCCGGGAGCAUGAAGCUGCUGGAGAACUCCAGCUUUGAAGCCAUCAACUCCCAGCUGACAGUGGAGACAGGAGAUGCUCACAUCAUUGGGAGGAUCGAGAGCUACUCCUGCAAGAUGGCUGGGGAUGACAAGCACAUGUUCAAGCAGUUCUGCCAGGAGGGACAACCCCACGUCCUGGAGGCCCUGUCACCUCCUCAGACCACGGGGAUCAGCCCCAGCAGGCUCAGCAAGAGCCAGGGUGGGGACGAGGAGGGUCCCCUCAGCGACAAGUGCAGCCGCAAGACCCUCUUCUACCUGAUCGCGACCCUCAACGAGUCCUUCCGCCCCGACUACGACUUCAGCGCCGCCAAGAGCCACGAGUUCAGCAGGGAGCCCAGCCUCAACUGGGUGGUGAAUGCUGUCAACUGCAGCCUCUUCUCUGCCGUCCGGGAGGAUUUCAAGGCCCUGAAGCCACUCCUGUGGGAUGCAGUGGACGAGGAGAUCUGUCUCUCAGAGUGUGACAUCUACAGCUACAACCCCGACCUGGACUCGGACCCUUUUGGGGAGGACGGCAGCCUCUGGUCCUUCAACUACUUCUUCUACAACAAGAGGCUGAAGAGGAUCGUCUUCUUCACCUGCCGCUCCAUCAGCGGCUUCGCCUACACCCGGCCCGAGGGCGGCCAGGAGCUGGACAUGGACCUGGGCGAGGAGGACGGUGAGAAGAAGGGGGACGGCGGCGACGCCGAGAGCGGCGGCAUCGAGGAGGACAGGCUGCGAGUUCUCUGCAUCUGACCGUGCCCAGCAGCUCCCAGGUGCCAGCAGGAACCCCCUGGCUCCUUCUGCCGUGUUCCCCCCCCCCGCCAAGGCAGCCCCCAGCCCCACAUUUGCCUCCCCCCGGCCACCGCCGCCUGGCUCAGCCCCACACUGACACUGGAGGACCUUCCCAGUACCCAGAACUGGUAUGGACUGGAAGCAGCUGUGGCCUCCUGGCCCUACUGAGGACAUGGCCGUGGCCAAGCUGUUGUCCCCAUUGGGGGGGGUGUGGGUCUUGGCCAGCCCUUCAGGACCCCCCUCCCCAGAACUCCUGCUGCACUUUCUGGCUGCACUGACCCCUCAGACUCCUGCUGGGCUCCACAGCUCCCAGUUCCUUACUGGUGGAGACCCAGCCAGCGCCGUCCCCCUGUCCUCUGGCUCCGUCCGUCUGUCAGGCGAGGGGGGACACACCCAGCUGCCUACCCCCUGAGCCUUCCCCCCCCCAGAGAAGAGCUGCUGCUGCCAGGGGGUCGCUUUGCUCCUGCCCCUCCUCCCCUGCACUGGUUUCCUCCCUCGUUUUGAGGGGUUUGGUUGGGUUUUGGUAGCCUUUUACUGGUGGCACCAGCAGCCUGCACUGGUCCCAUGCUGGGGGGCCCACUGGGGGUGAAUAUGGGCCUGGUGGGGAGAGGAGGGGGAUCAGCUUGCACACGCUCCCCCCACCCCCCAGGGUUUCCUGAGUUUGCUCUUGAACCACAAAUGGCUUUUGGCAGGUUUGGGGGGACCCCAAGUGCCCCCCUGCACACCAAGGCUCCCAGAAUUUUGGGGGGUAUCAAGUAUCUCCCCUCCCUACCCAGAAUUUCAGGGCUACCAAGUGCCCCCUGUCCCCAUCCUAAGUUUUGGGGUGUGCCAAGUCCCCCCUGGCUCCCCCUCCAGGCACACAGAAUUUUGGGGGUCAAGUCCCCUCUCCCCAUUUUUUGGGGGGCUUACCAAAUCCCCCCUCCCCACCCAGGCACCCAAAGUUUUGGGGGGUACCAAGUGCCCCCUUAGGUGCCAGAGCAGGUGAGGGGCCUCAGCUGAGCACGCACAAAUGAGGGGCAACAUCCAACCUGCCCCCUCCCCACCUCCAAAUAAGCCCACCCCUUGGGGGAGCUUCCUCUGCACCCCUCUUCUGCCUGGGGGGGGUUCCCACUGGUAGGGGCCAGUUUGGUGGGGUGGGGUUGGGGAAGGUGCCCCAUGGCUGGAGAGGCUGCUUCCCUGGGGUUGAGAAGCUCCAGAGGGUGCUGGGGGGUGUCCCUGUCCCCUGGGGGUGCAGGGAGAGGACAGAGACCCCCCCCAACCGCCUCCCCACCCAGCACCAGCAGUGGUGGGGGCUGUCCUAGCACCGGUCCCACCUCCCAGAUUCCUCCCAAAAGAGGGAAAAUCGUUGGGUUCGAGUUGGACUUUUAUCCCUCGAGACUCCUCAGCUCAGCCCCCCAGCCCGGGGGAGGGCUUUGCUCCAGCUAGCAUGGGACCCCCAGACCAGGUUCUUGUGCCCCCCAGCCAGCCCCCUUUGCCCCCCCAGCAGGGAGGUUUUGCUCACAGCGCAGCAUUGGACCCUCGCACCAAUAAAGAGUUUCUGUCACCCGCCCCUCCUUCCCUUGGCGA